AUGGACGAUAUGGAAAGCCAACCCCAAAUCACCCCCCAAGACCUCGAACAACUCACGCCCGGCGAUCAACGCUACCUCGCCGAGUUCAUGAACAACCAGGCCACCACCGCGCAACUCCAGAACAGCGUCCACUCCCUAACAGAAGUCUGCUUCAAGAAGUGCAUCUUCGGCGUCUCAGGCGGCAAGCUCGCGAGUAAGGAAGAGAGCUGCGUAAGGAAUUGUGUUGAGCGGUAUAUGGACAGCCAGACGAGUGUGUUGAAGCAUUUGGAGACGUUGAGAGCGAGUCAGUGA